AUGUUGAAAAUCGAAUUACAGUUUCACUACCCGAUCCCCUUCAGGUUUCCACCCCCGGCUCCGUUGAAACGCCAUCUGGUGCCCCGAGUGUUUCUCCUCAUUCGGACGCGUUUCCCCGUAGCCGCGCGCGGCUCUUGGCACGUGACCACUCUCUUUUUCCAUAAACCAUUCCAUUUACGACAAUCCCCGGGGGCGCACGUGGUGGAUGAUCGAUAUGUGGGCGCAGUAGCCAUCGUCCCGAUCGAAGGCAUUGAUUUUGUGCGCAACCAGCGCUGA